UAUUUUCCUGCAGAAUUCACUAAUUACUUUAAUGUGAUCAUAUCCCACAGGGACGUCUCCAUGGCAACGAGCAGUCCUCACACAGUGUAGUUUUGUGUAUGAAGUGUGCGUAUGUGUGUGUGUGUGUCCUGCAGUGUGUUGGUGUUGGUAUGAUGAGCAACAGCAGGUCCAGUUCAAAGAGUAACUCCUUUACAAAACGUAAAGGACGAUUCUGCAGAGUCAAACUACAGAAGUGGACAAAAGAUGAGGAUAAGAAGCUCCAGACUAUGGUGAAGGAGUUUGGAUCAAAAAGCUGGUCUUUAAUUUCUCUUCAUUUCAAGGGUCAGAGGUCAGAUGUGGACUGUCAGCAGAGGUGGCAGCAGAUAAAGAAUCCAGAGAUGGUUAAAGGUCCCUGGACUCAGGAGGAGGACGAAAAGGUGAUCAAGCUGGUUCAUAAGUACGGCGUGAAGCACUGGUCGCUCAUCGCCAAACACAUGAGCAGCCGUAACGGGAAGCAGUGCCGCGAGCGCUGGCACAACCACCUGAGCCCCAUGGUUAAGAAGAGCCGCUGGACGGUUCAAGAGGACCUCAUCAUCUGUCAGGCCCACGAAGUCCUGGGGAACCGCUGGGCCAACAUCUCCAAGCUGCUGCCUGGCAGGACAGAUAACUCCAUCAAGAACCACUGGAACUCUACCCUGAAGAGGAAGGUGGAGACACAGCAACACAUGCAGGUCCUACACGUCCACAGCUCCUCCUCUUCCACUCCUGCUGUGACGACUGGUGUCCUCUCAAGCUCCGCCAUCAACCCCACCAAGGCGGACAGUGUGUCCACAAUGACAGUGGACUCCAGCUGCACCUUCAGCAAACAGAGCACCUGCAGCUGCUACGUCCACCUGUGCCACGCCUGUGCCCCCCCCUCUUCAGGCUACGACUCUCUGAGCCUGUACGAGCUGACCACGCCUGCAGAGAUGACAGAGGCGAACUUGGAGACCUGGAGCCACAGCCCAAAGGAGGCUCCAUCAUCAGUCCACCUCCACCUGCACAGAGAGGAAGACGACCCGUCUGUCAUCAACCUGAGCUAUGAUGCAGGUUUUAGGGAGCAGCUGAUGAUCAGUGAGGACACAGCCUCCUCCUGCAGCCUGGUGGGGGCGCUGAACUUCUCUCCCUCUGAGUUCCUUGGUUUUUUAACUGUUGAGGAUCUGAAGUUGCCACGUCCAGCUUUCACGCCCCCCCCACACUCAACCGGCCCUUACUACGACACCUCUCGUCUCCUUUGCAGCGCUGUGACGCCGUCAGACGUCACAGAGACGAUCAGAGAUCUGUGGACGUCAGCUCCUCAAACCCCGACACCACUGAAGAUCAGUCAGGACGAGGUUCGGGGGGAGAGUCUGCUGAGCUCCAUCCAGCUGUUCCAGGUCCAGUCCGGACCACAGGGACAGGGACAGUCCGGGUCAGUGACAUUUGACAGACAGUUGGAAGUGUUGUGGUGCGAGCAGCCUGUUGAUGAGCUGAAGCCUCCAGGGGCCCCCCCCACGCUGGCUCCCCCCCAGCUCAGUGACCUUCAGGUGGUGACCUUUGGGAGGACAGAAGAUCAGGUGAUUCUGACAGAGCAGGCCCGACUCUACGUGGAGUCUUGAUCUUCAUCAUCGUACUUCAUAACUGAGCCUGAGAGGAUGACAUCAUCGCUCAGGUCUUCAUCGUCAUCAUCAUCACACUGCUGAGUCAUCCUGUGAAUCGUGACUCAGCAUUUUAAUCCCUCACUGCAUCGUCUGUGUCAGUUUGAUAAACUGAUCUUUUAUUGAUUGAUUGACUAAGCAUUGAAUUUCAUUUAGAACAUUUUAAACAUUUUAGUGACAUUGAUUGAAAAUUGUGUUGACUCAAAAUCUAAUAUUUAUAUUUUGACUCAAAGAAACUGUUUCUCAAGCUUUAUUUAAUCAAACUUUAUUUAUUAUCCAAUUUUCUAUUAUUCUAACUUUCUUUAUGUUUCAAACUUGAUUUACAUUCAAACUUUCUAUUCAUGUUUAUUGAUUGAGAUCGUUAAAUAUCAUAUGAAUUCAUAGAUAUAUUUCUUUGUUGUUUUACUAUAUUAAAGCAUCAGAGGAG